AUGCACAAAUUAGGGAGGGUACGUAUCCUAUGCUAUAAAUUUGGUAUGGACAGCUAUGACAUGGUAGUUCUUUUCUAUUGGCGCAAUAGGCUUGAUUUUGGAGUUAAAGAAGCUGAAGAAGAUAAUACACUCGGGUUUAAGCAAAUCACCCACCAAGCAACAAUUUCUCAUUUCAGAGAUUUUACACUCUUUGUCCUCUCUGGCCAAUCAGCAGCUAUAUUCUUGGGACGACUGAACUGUAACAGAGGUGGAAAAAGCAUAUGGAUGGCAACUCUAGUGCAAUUCAUAGGGUUCCCAAUCUUAAUUCCUUACCACUGUAUCUUAUCAUCCAAAAAUAUUGAUACAUAUAGCAAUGUGAACCAGCCAGAUGCCUCAGCACUUGCACUGAGGUAUCGCUCUUUUGUUGGCGCCUUCAAUGCUUUCUUCUCCAUAUGCUUUAAUUCACUAAAGUUCACUCCUUCUAUAGACUCUUUAGUCCUUCUCACCAUCUCCUUCAACCUGCUUGUGUUCCACCCCAACUCGGUAAACCUCGCUGGAAUCUCCCAGCAGAAGUAUACAGUCAGAGUCACUUGCACGGUUGCCGCAUCUGCUGGGUACAGUUCGAUGUUUUCCCUCACACAGUUCUUGUUAUGUUUCCUAUUUAGAUCGGUGCACUAG